UCGCUCACCGACCGAGGGACCCCGGUCGCAGUCAGGACUCGGCUGUCCUGUCGACACCACAUCCACCACGCGAUCCGCACGCGUACGAUCGAACGGAACGAGAACGCGCGGGACACAGGACCCAUCCUCGCCGUUAUCAGGAUAACAUAAGGACGAACGACAGCAUCGUACGAGAGGCGCGAAGAUCGAUAAUACGAGAUCGUCUGAACGGGUGACAACAACGGGCGACGAGAUCUCCCUCUCUCUCUCUUUCUCUCUCUCUCUUUCUCUCUCUCUCUCUCUCUCUCUCUCUAGUCAACGAAGAAGGAUAAUUGUGAGAUAUCGUUUGAUUUGAUCGAUGAUCACCGCGCUGGCAACCGCGGUAUCGUUGUACGAUCGGUGACCGGUUGAAAGGAUUUGGAAGGAAUCCGCGCCGAAAAACGUGGGCCGCGUGACGCGCGGCGAAAGAGAGCGAGGGAAGGUGUCUGUCGGUCGAACACCACGUGGUCGCCGCCGCCACGAGGCACGGCCUCUUGCAACAGGGAAUCGUUUCCGAUUCGUCGUCGCGGAGGCUCGCGAGCAUCGUGUUUCCAAGAUGUUCGAUCGGACGUUACGAUCUGGAUACUUGUAGAUAUCUCAUCGGUUGAAGAAUCAAGAGGAAGAAGAAGAAGAAGAAGAAGAAGAAGUGCUCUGAGAGUGCGGGGAUUAGUGUGCCGUUGUUGAAAAACCAGGUGUGCCUUCUCUCUUUCUAUAUAUAUAUAUAUACAUAUAUAUACCGUUUCCCCUCUUCGUUUUCUUCCAUCUUCUUCUUCUUCUGUUCCUCCCUUCGACCGACCGAAUAUCUUCUCUUUUCUCUCCCGUGGGUGAACGCGUCGAACUGUUUACAUGCAUCGUGGAACGCGGAAAAGAGUUUGACGGAAAAAAAAAAAAAAAAAGAAAAGAAGAAAGGAAAGAAAAGAAAAAGGAAAGGAUAAGGAGAAAGGGGAAAAAGAAGAAUCGGGGACAGGUGGAAAAGUGAGAAAAAUUGGAGUUGAACCGGAAGUGCAGCCAGCUACCCUAUCGGCUUCAAGGUCAUGGAAUGACGCAUAAGAUCAUCCGGAGCGACGAGCAGGAGCAAAGCCGAGGGUGAUAGAAGCGGGUGUGAUGAGCGGAUAUCUCGGUAACAUCCCCCUGCCCCCAACAUUGUUGCACGACCCGAAGUAUCCUCCAGCCAUGCGGGAGAAAGACUCGAGUCCGAGAAAAAUGCCGGGCCACAUAAGCCCGAAGCAAGCUAGCAUCUAUCCUCUGAGCGUCCGUGUCCCCGAUGUGGAAGAAUUGCCUUACGACCUGAGCCACGGCCACGGCCGAGGCCUGUCAAGCCCCACCAACCAGCAACAGCACAGGCAGCAACAGCCUCACAUGAGCCCAGCCGCGAGGCCGCCCCAAUCUCACCACCAGGAGGAUCUCGACUGCGAGCCGUUGGAUCUCCGCGUCGAUCACAAGAAGGAAAGAUUAACGGACGAGAAUCAGAACGAGAUCGAGGUUCUGAAUCAGAACAGUUUAGGGGGAGGCCUGCCGUAUCACACGGUAUUAUUUCCCCAACAUCACACCGUCCACCCGUUGGUCCUCGAGGCCAUGUACCGGUCCCAUCAUCACGGCUCGUCGGUUCCCGACCUGCCCAAGAUCCAGGUGCGAGCUCUGCCCACCAUGGUACCGUUACCGCCCAACAGAUUCUCUUCCACCGCGUCCUCCGCGUCCUCCGUUUCCUCCCAGGCCGCGGCGAGGGUCCCCAGCCCCUCCCCGGGCGGGCAGCAGCAUCAACCGCCCCAACAACAAAGUCACUCGAGUCAGCAGCAGCAGCACCAGCACCACCAGCACCACCAGCAACAAGCGUCCGCUAUUCCGCCGUAUUCAAUCAGCGUGCAGGCAGGCCUGAAGCCGAAGGACAGAUACUCGUGCAAGUUCUGCGGUAAAGUGUUCCCCAGAUCGGCCAAUCUGACGCGGCACCUGAGGACUCACACGGGCGAGCAACCGUACAAGUGCAAGUACUGCGAGAGGAGCUUCAGCAUCUCGAGCAACUUGCAACGUCACGUGAGGAAUAUUCAUAACAAGGAGAAACCGUUCAAGUGCCCGUUGUGCGAACGGUGUUUCGGGCAACAGACCAAUUUGGACAGACACUUGAAGAAGCACGACGCCGACGGGCCAACGAUACUCGACGAGGUCAGAUCGAGGUAUCACGGACAGUUGCCGAGAGCGGACGAAUCUUACUUCGAGGAGAUUCGCAGCUUCAUGGGGAAGAUCACCUCCCAGAGACAGGGGAUACCUUAUUUCCCUGGAUUGUUGGGGCACGGUGGGGACGAGUUCAGGAACGACAAGCAACAGCUCCAGUUGGAGGAGAAAAGAGGCGACUCUUCCUACUUCAGCGACAGGGAUAAUCUGAGCUCGAGGUCGAGCAGCACCGCGAGCAGACCCGAGAGCGUCCAAGAGGAGCAACGGGAAGUUAAUUCCCCUCCCCUGUCACCUGGAAACAACACUUGAGUCAGGGAAUCGUGAUCGUACGUUCGAUGAACGAUUUUCGUCGGGUACGGUUAAGUGGAGAGAUCGAUGCGCUUCUUCUUCGAGAAGUUUUUUUAUGGACCUAUUUCUUCUUCUUUUCUUUUUCUUUUUUUUUCUCUUUUUUUUUUUUUUUUUGUGAGAAGAGAUAGAUCGAAUUUUCCCUCGCAAAGAUAAAACGUAAAUCUUAUGAAUUUGUUUUUUUUUUUUUCUGCAUCGAAUGAAUUUCGAAUUUUCCCCCGAAUUCGUUUCACAUUCCCAAUGAAAUAAUUUCGAUAUCUCGUGGUAUUCGAGUUCUUCGAUCUUUAGUCGAAAGAGGUGCCUUAAAAAAAAUGUGCCUAAAAUGUUCGAAGUAUUUGCAAUGCAAAGUUUACUGUUACGAUUAAACGAAGUUAGAUGGCAAGCAGAUAUUUUAAUAUUGUUAUACGUCAGCGUGCGUUUUGAUUAAUUAGGUAUGUAAAUGAAUUUUUUAUUAUAAAAACAAAAUGCCGUUUGAUCUUUUUUUUUUAUAAUAAAUUCAAUAAUGUCACGAUCUAUAAAUAAAAGUAAUACUUCUUUGAAUAGAAAAUUAAUUUAUAUGCCUAAUAAAACGCGUGAAACCGUCGUUGUUCGUAAAUUAAUCGUCGAAGGUAUUAAUUUAUCCAAUUAAUUCGGAUAAAAUUAUACACGAUUCUUUAAAGUUAAAGUUACUCUCGUUCCCAUCUUCGUAAUUCGAAGAUUAAUUUAUCGAACGUUUGUGAUAACAAAAGACACGGAACAUUAACGAUUAUUAGCGCGAAUUGUCAAAUUGAAAAUAUUUUUAUCGUCUUUAUCUCUUUUCUCGUCAAGCCGUUAAAAAAAGAAAAAAAAUAAAGAACAAAGCAAAAGAAAGAAUCGUUUCAUCAUCGUCAUCUUAUUGGAUCGUUCCGAUUGAAGCGGAAGAUCGUUUCGUCAAGGAAGCAAAAUCGUCGAGGAGGAAAGAAGGAAAAAAAAAAAAAAAAAAUAGCAGGAGAAAAGUCCAAAUAAACGUCCAAAUAAAUACGUUCCGGAUGGAAAGGAUAGCUGAAAACGACGCUUAGCGAUUUUACGACCUAGAAAGUGAAUGUCAACCACUCCAUCGCCUCGAUCCCGAUCCACGAUACCGAUCGCCGAUCCACUGACGGCAGACAAUAAAAUAGAAAUCGAUGGGCGGAUCUGCGGGUUUGUUAAUCGGCCGCCACGAAAUCGUCCUCGGCCGGAAGGAAACUUUGCGACACGAGCCAUUAAAUUCAUCAUUUGAGCAAGUCCGCGAUGAAAUAUCUUCUUAGUAGCUUCGAAGAAAUAGUUUCCGCGAGGCAAGUGAUUAUUAGAAAAACCAAUUAUCUUGGAAUUCGAUAUUAAAAAUUCGGUAUUGGUAAUUCGAUACAUGUGAAAAAUUCAAUAUCGAUGCGAAACCUAAAAUUAGAAAAUAACUCUAAAGAAUUGGAGAAUCACAAAAUCAAAAUAAAAAAAAACUUGGAAAAAUUAAAAAAUUAGAAAUCCAA